AUGCCGGACAUGGUGGGGAAGAAAGUGGGUGGCAGGGUUGUGAUGGUUUCCUCACUCGAUGAGGGCCACCCCGGCGAGAACAUCAUCGAUGGCCGGGAAGAGACCUACUGGAUCUCCACGGGCCUCUAUCCUCAGGAGAUCCUCCUCAGCAUGAGCGAGCGCUCGAUGGUGUCGACCGUGAAGAUCGUGACGAGCAACGUUCGGUCACUCCGAAUAGAAAGCUGCGCAGAGGACGACCCUGUGAACUUCAAGACCUUGGCCGAAGACGAGUUGGAAGAGUUGUCAGGCCGUCUGCAAGUCAAGGAAAUCCCUUGUCAGGGCGUCGAGCCUGCCGCCUACAUCAAGGCUAUCACGACUUUUGUACAGUUCACCGCGUCAUGGUCGAGUGAGGCUUGGGAGGCUGGACAGGACGUGCACACGCGCAUCAAGCCUCCUGCCAUGUCCGACCCACAGAUUCCGGAAGCAUCGAGCUCUCCGGAAGCGAAGGAUGCAGAUGCUUCCGACGCGGUUGAUGCGAUGGAGAGCAGUGACGGGAGUGAGUCUGACGAUGACUCCGCCUCACCUAGGGCAAGGUCCGGCUAUGUGGUGGACAACGAAUCUGGCGUGGCGCUGCUCCUUGAAACCCGAUGUAGAAACGGUGCUAGCAGCACCCUGGUCAGUGCCUGGCGAUGUGGGAAGCUGGUUUGGGAGCAUCAGAUUCGAGGAAGCGUAGAGCAUACGACGGUGGCUGAGGGCUUCGUCGCCUUUGCGACGCACACAGCCCUACACUUGCUCAGCACAGUGGGCGGAUAUGCGCUGUUCCCGCCUAUGGACCGUUAUGACACGAGAGUGCUCGACAGCCGCGUCUUGCAGCUGGACAUCCGAACUGGAGGCUUCCUGCUGGUGCUGGGCUGCGACAGCCGGCUGCGCGUCCUGGACCUGCGGUCGGAACGCCGGGCCCUGGUUUUGGGGCAGGGCGAGGGACCGCCACGGCCGCCUUUGGCGCCUUCCGGGAAGCUACUCUUUCUGCAGACGGAGCUCCGGCAGCUCUGCGAGCCGAUGGCAACCUGGGCAGCACAUUCUGAGCGGAAGCAGCAAGCAUGCACGGACUCUCAUGUGCUUCUGGACCUGAGCUUUGACACUGAGGAUCUGAAGUCCGAGUCCCUUCAGCUCAGCCCAGCGGGAGAUCUGAGCCUUCGUUUGCCGGACGGCCGAGUCCUCUGCUUCGACAGGACCCGCUCCAAGAGGGCCUGCACGGCAACGCUCUUCGAAGAGGCGCACGCGGCGCCGGCGAUCGGUGGCCUGGUUUUGGCCCAGGCCUUGCACGAGUUCACGCUGCCACCGGAAGUCGUCUUGUUUGAGCCCUCGGCCAACGACAUCCACCGUGGCGGCACCCCCGCGCCGGAGGGAAAGCCGGGUAAUCGCCUGAUAUUCCUGAAUGUGCCGUUGUUGGACUUCGAGCAGAAGGCGCUUCAAAGCCUCCACGAUGCAUUGAAAGACGAGAAGGCUUUGGCUCCAUUGGGCGACGGAGUGAUCCCGUCCUACGUGCGUUUGCAUGCUCUCCGGAUCCUGCAGCAGUCGAAACUGCGAGUAGACAAGGCGCUUAGCACGAUCGCAACGCACUUGGAGAUGCGAGUGCAGAAGAUGCCAGUGCACGAGGAGUCGGUGCUCAACGAUUUGAAGAGCGGGAUGAUGUACUGGCAUGGGAGAGAUCGAUCUUGUCGCCCAAUCCUUAUUUGGCGCAUGGAGAAGAUCUCGAAAUUUGAUGCAGAUCGGGCCACAAGGAUGAUUCUUUUUAUUCUCGAGUUCGCGGUGCGAUAUCUGAUGGUCCCGGGGCGAGUCGAGAACUGGGUGCUUAUUGUAGAUUUGGCGGGCUGCGGCCUGUCAAUGGCGGCGGCAUCUUCUUUCCGCACCAUCUGCAGGAACGUCACCCGCUUGUUGGAAGAGGUGUACUGUGGCCGCAACUUCACGACAAAGAUCUUCCACAUGCCUUCAAUUGUCCGGGCGAUUGUGAACUCGCUGAUACCUGAAGACAAGAAAUCGAAGGUGGAGUUUGUGGCGGAUGCCGACAUCGCGAAGAGCAUGAGGCAGCUCUGCGAGGCCAACCAGCUUGAAGAGCAGUACGGAGGCACCGCUCCCAACGUAAGGGAAGGAGGAGCCUUUCCCUUCCGUUUCUUCCCCCACUGCCGUGGGCCGCAGAGCGGAGGCUCUCCUCCGCUGCCUUCCCUGCACGACGUUGUCGACCGAUCGUUUCACGAAGGCUUCUCCUUGGAUCUUUUUGAGAAGGCGCAGACGAUCUGGCGACCCUUCAUUGAUCAUCAGCCGCUGACCAAGACCGGAGCCGAAACGGUUUCGAAGCUGCUGGCGCGGACCAUUUCUCCGACGGAAACUCUGGAGCAGUGGCUGGCUCUGCAGAGCACAGAAGCUGCAAACAAGUAUGCCGCGCAGCAUGUAUCCGAAAGACCCACCGAGGCUCCGGACGUCGAGCCGGAGCCCGUCUCUCCUACGCUCUCGAACGCCGACACCCGAACCGUCGAUGUCGCGAAGAGCAACGAGCUGGAGGUCGAGAAGGAGAAGGAGCUGGAGCCACUGGACUUCGACUUCUCCAGGUCUCUCGUGGUCCAAAAGGAGGAGGCGAAGAUCUUUCCGGUGAUCGAAGGGGAAGAGAAGGCCGCCUGCUGCGUCUGCUCGCUCUGA